UAUGAACUUUUAAGCUACACGAGUUCAGAUAAUUUUAUUUAAGAUCAAAUUAUUUAUCUGAACAGGGGUAAAACCAAUUUCGAGAACUUGUUCAACUUUUUUCCAAUCUGAACUUAAGGACUUUACUAUCAGCUCUUGAUAGUUAAUUAAUGUACUUACACGACUGAACUACGAUGGUUUUCUUGGAAACAAUUCACAGUAUGACAAUAUAUAUCAUAGCCGAUGUACCACUCCUUGACUGCAGUCGAUUGUCUCUGAGAUUAUUCUUAGGUAAAGUGUCUCAAGAUGUAAAAGCACACAUUAGCUGCCACUUAAACCUAAAAAAAAAACGAUGGCAAAUGAAAAUAGGAAAGCUAACUGUACAUUAACAAGUGAAGAAAGCAAUGAGUUAACAUAAAUUAUAACUUGCUUAAUUGAUAGAAGACCUAGUCAAAUUAGUCAUGCGCGAAGUUGGUCUGCCUUGUUUGGAUGCAGUCUGCCAUUGACUAGAGUGAAUGAUGCAUCUCAUACGCAGUCGUCAUUGCUGGUCAUUUUCUUCUUGUUUCCUUUGGAUAUCACUAAUUUGAAAAAACGAAAAGGUUAUUAUGUUUGGAUUUUCCAGUUUUAUUAGUAAAAAAAAUGGUGUAUGAAUGUUCUCAAAAUGUGUGCAAAAUGUUAUUUUCUUUACAAAACCCCCCAUAACCACAUCAAAAUAUCGCGCGUCCAUUUUUCCUUUGCUUUUUCCCCUUCUCUAUCAAUGUUUGUCCUAAGAAGUUAGUUAAGUGAAUUUGGAAAAUUAUUGGCCAAGUAAUAUGUGCCAGUUUUUUCUUGCAUGAGCAUAUGUAUAUGCAUGCUGACGCUGUGCCACUGAAUUCGACACCUUGUGACGAUUAUGUAGGUAAUGCGCCGGUGCGGGCGGGCAAAGGAGGGAAAUGAUGAUAAUUUCUUAAACAAAAGAAGAGGGGUUGAAUAUGUAGAAAAACUAUUCAAGAAUUUUCAACCUUUUAUAGUAUAUUGGAUUAGCAGUCACCAUGUCCAGAUCCAUCAAAUGAAUCUGACAUCUAGGUAGAGUGCACAACCAACCAGAGAAGAAAAGUAGUUGUAAACAAUCUUGCAUAGUAAUAGCUUUCUGCCAUUUAUCUAAAAACAAAAACAAAAAUAUUCGUUUCAUACAAUAAUAAUUGUCAGUGGUCUGGGGUUUGGGGAACAAGCAUCAAGCAUCACCUGAUAAAGUACAGUUUAAGUGUAUCACUCACACGCACCCUUUGAUUUUUAAAUGUUUAAGUUAGGAAUGCACACUCAUAUAGCCCCUUGUAUGGCAGAUUCCUGAGUUUAAAUUUUGCAAUGAGCUGGGAAACAUGGUGCGAGGGAAGAAGCAGUUUACAGACAGCACCAAGGUGUCCUAGACAACCAUAUCAUGAUGAUUAUAUUCUAUGCCAACUUUGUGACACUUUAUUCCUCUUGUCUCUCUCAACAACUUGGCUAUAUAUAUAUGGAGCAUAUGGUAGCACCAAGUACAUCAUUGUAGCCUCACUUGUCUAAGAAAGGAAUUUGACUGCAAUGGCUACAAACAUGAAAACUUCAUUGCAUAAUCGCUCCAAUAGUGUGCCCUCUGCACCUCACCAUUUCAUUUCACAAUACGAUGAGCACUUGCUCAGAUUGAAGGCUUCUGAAGCCACCUCAUCAUCAUCAUCAUCGAUAAGCAGUAAACUUGAUGGUUUGCAUGCUUUGUAUGAAUGCACAGAUAAGAUUCUUCAAUUGUCAACCAUACAACAAGCAUUGGCACAAGAAUCCUGCAAAACACGGGUCGAUGAGUUACUAGAAGGGUCUUUGAGGCUCCUUGAUAUAUGUAGUGCUACCAAGGAUGUCCUGCUACAAUCAACAGAAAGCAUAAAUGGACUUCAAUUAAGUGUUCGCAGGAAAGGUGGUGAAGCGGCAUUCAAAGUUGAGGGGGCCAAAUACUUGUCAUCAAGGAAGAAGGCAAAGAAGACUAUUCAGAACGCCUUGGAAAAAUUCAAGGGGCUUAAGAAUGGUCUUAUUUUAACUUCCUCAAACACAGACAAUGAGACACUUUCAAUGAUCAGCAACUUCAAAGAAGCCGAAGCUGUCACUCUGGUUCAACUUGAGUCUUUGUUAUCUUUUAUCUCUGGCUCAAGAGGAAAACCAAAAGAGAGAAGGUGGUUAAUUGUCUCCAAGUUGAUGCAGCCUAAUAGAGUAUACUGUGAUUCUGAUCAAUCAAACACAAAUGAAUUUGAGGAGUUGGAUAAUGUAUUGCAGUCUCUCUUUCACAAGCCUUGCAGUAAUAUGUCUGUUGAGACUUUCCGAAACCAUAUGGAAAAUUUGGAGUUGCGCAUUCAGGAUCUAGAGGGAGGAAUUGAACGCCUUGAAAGGCAACUAAUUAGGACACGAGUUUCUCUUCUCAACAUCUACAAUCACUGAAUUCAUUUUGACCUCAUUGAGCAUUGACUAAGAUAUCAGUAUCACAUGUACAUCAGUGUAACUAAGAUUUUACUGAUGAUUAUAUAUUAUCCAACACUCAUAUUCUUGCUGUUA